UAUGAGCAUUACGAAUAUGGACACCAUGGGGAUUACAGUCAUGGUGGUGGUGGUGGUGGUGGAGGAGGGCAUGACGGUUAUGGUGGAUCAGGAGGAGGAGGACAUGGUGGGGGAGGAGGAGGAUAUGGUGGAGGAGGUGGAGGACAUGGUGGGGGAGGAGGAGGAGGAGGAGGACACGGAGGCUAUGGUGGAUCAGGAGGAGGAGGACAUGGUGGAGGAGGAGGAGGCGGUGGACAUGGUGGAGGAGGAGGAGGCGGUGGACAUGGUGGAGGAGGCGGUGGACAUGGUGGAGGAGGCGGUGGACAUGGUGGUUCUGGUGGCGGAGGUUAUAGUGUUACUGAAGGAGGAGGUCAUGGAGGUGGCUCUGGAGGUGGAGGACACGGAGGUGAUGGUCAUGGGGGUGGCUCUGGAGGUGGAGGACACGGAGCUGGUGGUCAUGGAGGAGGUUCUGGAGGCGGUGGCCAUGGUGGUGGCUCUGGAGGCGGAGGACACGGAGGUGGUGGCUACGGUAGCGGAUAUGGUGGACACGGUGGUCACAGUGGUUCUGGAGGUCAUGGCGACAGCAGCGGUUACACGGAUGGCCAUGGAGACGGUGGUUACGGUGGUUACGGUGGUAGUGGUUUUGGCUACGGUGGUUAUGGGAAUAGUUAUCACAAGUAAAUCUAAAUGUGUCCAGAAAUUGUUGGUCGGAAAAUCUCGUUGAUAUCUUACAAUGGACUAUCAUGUUCGUAAGAUCAGCUCA